AUGUCUUACGGCGGAAACGACAACGACAGCUACGGCAACGACAGCUACGGCUCGUCCAACCGAAACGAGAGCUCCUACGGCUCCGGAAACAACGACAGCUACGGCUCUUCUCGCCGUGACAACGACAACGACAACGACAGCUACGGCUCCUCCAACCGACGCAACGAGAGCUCCAGCUACGGCAGUGGCAACAACGACAGCUACGGUUCCUCUGGCCGUGACAACACCAGCUCCAGCUACGGUGGAGGCAACGACAGCUACGGCUCUUCCCGCCGUGACGAUGACGACGACAACAAGAAGUCCUCAUACGGUUCCAGCCGUGACAAUGACGACAGCUACGGCUCCAAGUCUUCCUCGGGUGGCUAUGGAUCCAGCGGACGCAACAACGACGAUGAUAACUCCUACGGAUCCAAGUCUGGCCGUGACAACGACAGCUACGGAUCCUCUAACCGGGACGACAACAAGAGCUCCAGCUACGGCUCCAGCGGCAACACCUACGGCUCAUCCGGCCGAGACAACGAUGACUCCUAUGGCUCCAGCCGCAAGGACAAGGACGACAAUGAUUCGUAUGGCUCCAGCGGCAACACCUAUGGCUCUUCCGGCCGCGAUAACGACGACUCCUACGGAUCCAAGUCUUCUUCGGGAGGCUAUGGUUCUAGCAACAAGGACAACGACUCCUACGGCUCCAGUGGAAACACCUAUGGCUCCUCUGGCCGUGACAAUGACGACUCCUAUGGCUCCAAGUCUUCCUCUGGAGGAUAUGGAUCUAGCCGCAAGGACAAGGAUGACAACGACUCGUACGGUUCCUCUGGCAACACUUACGGCUCUUCUGGCCGUGACAACGACGACUCUUACGGCUCCAAGACCUCGUCUGGCGGCUACGGCUCCAGCAACAAGAACGAGAGCGACUCUUACGGAUCUAGCGGUAACACGUACGGCUCCAGCUCUGGCGGCUACGGCAGCUCGAAGCGCAACGACGAUGAUGAGUCCAACACCCUCGUGGACAAGAUCAAGGACAAGGCUGGUGACUUUAUCGGCAGCAAGAUUUCCGAGAAGAUCAAGGGCAACAAGAACAAUGACGACGACUACUAA